AUGCCACCGCAUCCCCGCUCCACACCCUCUUCCACCACCACUCUCCUGCUCAUAGCCUCCGCGCUCCUCUUCCAACUUGAUCUCACUCACGCCCUCCCUGUGCCGCGAUCAUCAACCACCCCAACACUAAUCACCCUCCCACCAACAACACAACCCACCGACGAAAAUGUCUUCCCCGUCCGCCACCAAGCAAAACAAGUCGCUCUUCCGUUCGGGCAUCCUGGUCCCGCUGGCGCUGAUGGGCUUCUUCCUGACGCUGCUGAUGUCGCCGCUGCUGCUGGCCAUGCACGAGCAACCGGUGCAGCCCAAGGCCCAGCCGGAGGCCCAGGCCGUCGCGUAAUCGCCGCGACGACGACGCUACGCCGCACGCGCACCAUCACGCUGCCUGUCAUCGCCGUCGCCGACUUUACUACCGCUACUGCUACCACUACUACUGCCGCCGUCGUUACCAUCACAUCUGUUGAGGAAAUUGGAAAGGGAAGGGAGGAGAAGGAGGAAAAAGAAAAAAGCAAUGAAAAGGAAUUGCCGCGGCCGGUGUUGCCGCCGACGCUGCUGAUGCUGCCAAUGCCCGAGGAGACGCUUUUGCUGGAUUCCACCGCUGCUGUUGCCACCGCUGCUCCUACGAAAAAUCCAUUCGCCAACGCGGACGAAAAUGACAGCCAAGAGAACACGCAAGCCACAUCAUCGCAACCGCUCUACAACAGCAAGCUGGGCGCCUUAAUCGAAGACACUCCUCAGAACCGUCAACACGCGUUCCAGCAAUUUCUGGAGCUCGGCGACAAUGGCGACAGCGGCGGCAGCAAAGGCGGUCACGGCCCGAAAAGGCAAGAGAUGGGCAGGGGCUCCGGCAACGACAACGACAUUGUCCUUAGCGUCAGCAGUGGUGGAGCAACAGCAUCAGCAGAGUCAGCGGAUGGUGGGGCUCCCACCGGGGCGGUGACGACGGAAAAGGAAGAAAUCGACGCCACAACGGACGACAAGCAGACCGGUCAAUUCCAAAACCACAACAACGAAAAGAAGAACAAUAAUAAUAAAAACUACGGCGGGCUCGGCAACGGUGGCGGCGGUAGUAGCGGUAUCAAUCGGCUGUGGAAGGACGAGGUGUGA